UUAGUUUUUCCCGGGAACUUGAAGCAGCGUGUUGUUAGCUGCUGCUGCAAAGGCAACUCACGACAACUCAAAUUCGACUCGAUUCGUCUCGCAGCGACCAAAUAAAUCACAACCAAAACACACACACACACACAGACGCAUUCAGACAACGUUUUCAACGCAUUAUCGCCAAUUUCCGUGUUGCUCUUGAUUUUUGUUCAUAUUUUUUUUAUUGUUCCAAUUGUUCGCUAAUUGUAAUUCCAAAAAUCGGUCCACUGUUGUUGUUUUUUUUUUGUACUGGAAGUGUACUCAAGCGAGAGAAAUUCGUAUCGAAAUCAAACGACAGCAAAAGAAGAAAAUAACUUCAAAACGUAAAUACAAACAUUCGAAAUUAAUUCAAAAUUUUUGCGCGCCGAACACUUUUGAACGAAGUGAAAUAAAACAAAAAGGCAUAAAUACAGGUACAUUUACAUUUUACCAGUUCCCAGUUGGCAUCGUUUCGAGUUUUGGAGUUUGCUUCUGGAACUGGAGCUGGAACUGAAAACUGAAAACUGAAGCUUCGAGCUUGGAGUCGGAGUUGGGCGCAUAAUUAAAAGCGAAACCCAAGAGAGGCUGCAAAUAUUUGCAUAAAGCGCAGACGGGCUAAUAAGUAACUACCAACAACAACGCUUCUAACACACAGCUACAGUUACACACACACACACACACACACAUACAUAGCUGGAGAGCGAGCAUAAUAAAGUGCAGCAUACUUUUGAGCGUCGCGGCUGAUUCGAUGAAAUUUAUGCAGGGCUAACAGCAAAGCCACAAAGUAACGCACUCGCAUACAAACACACUCACACACACGUAUAGAGAUAACGCAGGCAGUGACAAACACCAUAUAACAGGAUUUUUUCGCCUGAUUUACGGUUGCUGUGGUUGCAGCCCAACAUCAACGCCAACGACAACGACAACGCCAACAACACCCCGGCACAUCAAUCCUUUUUGCCAAGCCAAGGCACCAGGCACCUGUUUAUCCCAAGAAGAACAACAAUAACAACACCCAGCAGCAGAAGAAGGAGCAACAAAAGCAAGAGCAAGAGCAUUAGCAGAACAGAAGAGGCGAGCGAGCAGAACUCUUUGGCAAAAUGCGUGGCCGUCACUUGCGUCGACGCUUCAGCUUGCAGCCCUCGUUCAUGAAGGAUGACAGCGCCGAGGAUAAGCCGAAGCGUGACAAAGUGGGUCGCAAUAAUGCGGUGGACGAUGCCAUUGGGCCGGCAAAUGCACGUCAUAAAAUUGUGGUCAUGGGCGCGGCCAAAGUGGGCAAAACUUCGAUAAUCACUCAGUUUCUGUACAACAUAUUUACCACCAAAUAUAAAAGGACCAUCGAGGAGAUGCAUCAGGGCAACUUCUCCAUCGCAGGCGUCAGUCUAACUCUCGACAUACUCGACACGGCCGGUUCCUAUGAGUUCCCAGCAAUGCGCGCUUUAUCCAUAUCAUCGGCAGACGCAUUCAUCCUGGUCUACGAUGUCACCGAUGCAACCACAUUCGAGGAGGUUCGCGCCAUCCGCGAUCAAAUCCAUGAAACGAAGGCAACCACAGCGGUGCCCAUUGUUGUGGUUGGCAAUAAAAUCGAUCUGCUUACCGAGGACACCGAGCUCCGCGAGGUGGAGUACGCCACAACCGAGUCCGUGGUGACUGUUGACUGGGAGAACGGCUUCGUGGAGGCAUCCGCUGCGAACAAUGACAACAUCACGCAGGUGUUUAAGGAGCUGCUGGCGCAGGCAAAGAUCACGUACAACUUGAGUCCGGCACUGCGUCGACGCCGCCAGUCGCUGCCCCAGCAGAUCGGCAACAAUGGGCCGGGCACACCGUUGCACCAUCAUCACCAUCACCAUCAUCAUCAGCAGUCGUCGCAGGCGCAGCAGCAUGGACACCAGGCGACGCCACAUGGCUCCGGUUCGGCAUCGACAUCCUCUGGCGCAGCUGGCGGUGGCGGUGGUCAUGGCUCCCAUACACCGACGCCGGCGCAGUUGCAGCAUCUGCAACGUAUUCAGGAGCGCAGUUUGGGCGCCAAGCGCAAUUCCUGCACUAUUUCCUAAGCACUCUGCCCCCCUCCUCCUCGUCCUAUUCCCCACUUAAAAUGCGAAUAACCAAAGACAAAUGAAAAAUAAACUAAAACCUCAACUGAAACUGAAACUGAACAAACGGUCUCCUACAAAUGGUUUUCAAAUGCUUCAACAAAUAAAAAACAAAAACAGAAAUAGCUAAAAAAAAAAAACAUAAAAAAAAUACUAAAUAAAUGAAAAAAAUGGAUUUAUGUAUUUACGAUCGAUUAUAGUCACUCAACUCAAGUGUACCUUUCGCUAAUCACUUUAGUACCUCUAUUAUAUGUAAAUUCUUGAGCAUCUUUUCGCUCUCUCUCUCUCUCACUCUUUCUCAAUCUUUCUCUCUCUCUCUCUGUCUCUUGUCUCUAACUCUUGUCUAGUUUUUUUUGGGAACACAACACGACAAUAUCAGAAGCGAAACGUUUCCAAAAAAAAACAAA